AUGAACGCCGAUGACAUAAUCGAGCAUGUGGACAUACUGUCUACGCCUUCAAAGAGAAGGAGCAAGCCCAUGGAUGAGGUACUUUCUAGCAGGGCUAGCACACCCCUUCAUCGAAAAUCAAGGUCACCCACCAAGUCACUGGUCGAAUACAUAAGGACAGUUGCCCAACGUGGGCAAGCCGGUGGCUCGAUGGAGAAUAAGGACGCUGUAAAACAGGAGGAGGAAAAAGACGAAGCAAAGGGUACAGCUCUACAGAAUGGAAGUGAUCUAUCUGCCCACGGCAAUGGGACAAAUCAUAGCAAUCCCUUUUCAGAUGUGAAUGAAACGGUUUCGCCCCGCAAAAGGGGCAGACCUCGUAAGCGUAAAAUCUCGGAAGCACCUGUCAUUAAAGAAGAUCCUGAGAAGUCAGCGUCGAAGAAACAUCUACUUGAUGAGCUGGAAAAAAAGAAAGCAGAAGAUUGUCAGCGCGAUUUCCGAGCAAAGGUCAAUGGUGUGGAUUGUUCGAAGGAAGAGCAGGAAGGAAAGAAGAGCGUCGUGCCAAUAAUAGUCAAAAAAGAAUUGGAGACCGUAGAAGAGACCCCCAAGAAAGCUAAGCGCGGAAGACCGCGCAAAAUACGUGAUGCAAAUCUAGAGGCUAGUACCAUCAAGGAAGAAGUGCUCCAAACGUCAAUUAGAAGAUCGCCUCGGAAAAGACGGCGAACUGCCAAGUAUAUCUUAGAUCUCGAAUCUGAAAUUGAUCCCGAAUCUGAAAUUGAUCCCGAAUCUGAAAUUGAUCCUGAAUCUGAAAUUGAUCCUGAAUCUGAAAUUGAUACGGUUGAAGUUGAUGUACAGCUUAAUAAUGACAAUAGUACUGAACUCCGCGAAACUUUGACAAGCACCGUAGCAAAAAACACGGGUGCACAGAUUGAUGAAAACGAAGAAAGGGAUCUUACAGUAAAACUGACGGACGCUCCUGUUACACCAUCAAAACGUGUUGCACAAAAGAGUAUAACAACUGAGCAUGACUUCACUUCUCCGUUGAAAAAAGUUAUAAUGAACAAUUUAAACGAGUACAAAGACAAGACCUCUAGCAGUUCCUUGAAACUGAGCCAAAACUUUGUUCCAACUCCUUUGCCCGUUAAUUUGGAAAAAUAUAAGAACACUUCUGACAGCUCUAUGAGUGCAUUUUUUGAUACGUUUGAAGGCUAUCUUGAUCAAAAAAAACUAUCGAAAUCAUCUCAAAAAUCAAAGAAUACGAUGGCUAUGGCUACAGAUUUGACAAGAGAAGAAUUUGCAUUCAUAUCUAACAUGUUUCAUUCUCAUUUGCAUAAGAACGCCCGAAAUAAAUUGCAUGAAAUACAGAAAAAAAUGUUUCCACAAUACUGGUUCGAAUUAACUCAGGGGUUUUCUUUGCUAUUUUACGGAAUUGGAUCCAAAAGGGAGUUCCUCGAAGACUACGUAUUUGAGUAUUUAGUUCCUAAACUGGUUUAUUCCAAAAUGAGUGAUCUUGAGUAUUUUUCCACCAUAUGUGAUUCGGAAGUUGACAAUUUUAAUAUUCCAUGUGUGGUAAUAAAUGGGUAUAAUCCGACUUGUAACUACCGAGAUGUUUUCAAAGAUAUUUCGCAGGCAUUAUUGCCGGAAGAACUUAAUCGGAAUGAAACAAAAUACUGGGGUAAUCAUGUCCUUUUACAGAUCCAAAAAAUGAUCGACCUAUACAAAAAUGAGAGCUUGGAUAUCAGGUUGGUUGUAAUAGUGCAUAACCUAGAUGGCCCAAGUCUGCGGAAAGAUGCUUUUCAAACGAUGUUAAGUUAUUUAUCGCUCAUUCGGCAAGUUGCAGUAAUUGCGUCUGUCGAUCAUAUUUAUGCACCUAUUCUAUGGGAUAACUUCAAAGCUCAAAAUUUCAAUUUCAUUUUCCACGAUAUUACCAAUUAUGAACCUUUGGCCGUGGAAUCAUCUUUCAAAGAUGUGAUGAAAUUGACAAAGAAUGAUUCUGCCAGCGGCGCAGAGGGUGCUCGUUUCGUAUUGCAAUCUCUAACGGUGAAUUCAAAGAGAAUGUAUAAGUUGUUGAUUGAAGCUCAACUAGCAAACAUGGAAAAAAAUACUGCCUCUGGGAAAGUUGCUGGAAAGAAACGCGGUAUUCCUGCACUUGGUAUUGAAUUCAAGCAGCUUUUGCAUCUUUGUGCUGCCGCUUUCAUCGCUUCAAAUGAAAUAUCACUUAGAAGUAUGCUAACAGAAUUCAUCGAGCACAAGAUGGCAAUCAUGUCCAAGAAUCCCGCUGGUAUCGAGCAUGUUUGGAUACCUUAUAAUUAUUCUGAAAUGAAAAAGCUCCUAGAGUCAUAUUUAAAGGAAUUUUAG